AUGUUCGGCAGCUCGACCGGUGGAUUCGGGGCAUCUGCAGCCAAGAGUCCGUUUGGAACGACGGCAACGACCACGACGGGAGGUUUUGGCUCCCAGGCGACGGGCACUACCGGUUUUGGAGGCUUUGGCUCUCAACCAGCUGCAAGUGCGGCAGGCGGACAGGUGCAAGUCGGAACGGGCCAACCACCUUACCAGCCAACGCGAGAGAUGGAGCCGUCAGGAACAGGCGGUACAGCUAACUACAUCUCGAUCUCGCGCAUGCAGGCUUACGCACACAAGUCGACGGAGGAGCUUCGUUACGAGGACUACUUGAAGCGCACGAACCCGGCAGCAGCACAGGCGGCGGCCACACAGAACGCACCGGCACCUGGUGCUACGACAGGUGGAACAGGAGCGUUCGGAGGUUUUGGCUCUCAGCCAGCUACAAGCUCCGCUUUUGGCUCAACGGGAGGCUUCGGCAGCAGCCAACCAUCGGCAUUUGGUGCAACGUCUACUGGAGGAGGCUUCGGAUCAUCUGCUUUUGGCUCUACGACUACUUCGACGACAACAGGCGGAUUUGGCGGAUUUGGAUCGCAGCCUGCAGCCCCUGCAACGAGUAGCGGUCUGUACAUUCGGUGCGCCAGCUACUAG